UCAUGAAGAUGCUUCCGGAUCCCUGUGAGGUUCACUUCCAUGGCACCAGCAUUCUUUGGAGGUUCUCACCAGCGGCGCCACUGGAGGCGUUCAGAGUCCUCGUCCCUGUUUUGCUGCUGUCUCUGUUUAUGGUAUUUAAUGCGCAAAAUGGCGAUUUUACCAGACUGGCAUAGUUUGUACCCGACCACCCGGAAUCUGAUGUAUUCCCGCCCCCACUCCUCACCAUGCAGAAUGUAUCCAAAGACCAGCUGCCAAGAUUUAGGCAGACCCUCUUCAUCAACCACCAUUGCCAACCCAAUACUGUCCUCCUCGGAGGUGGAGCGGAUUUUAUCUCAAAGGCUCGCCAACAAAAAAGAUGAGUUGAGAAAAGUCUUCCAGAUACUGGACCCAAACCACACCCGGACAGUGACGAAGGGGGAGCUGAAGCGUACCAUCACGGCCUUCCUCCUGCCGCUCACCAAAGAGCAGUUCCAGGACUUGCUGGCACAGAUCCCGCUCACCAGCUCGGGUAAUGUGCUGUACCUCGAAUUCCUGUCCAGGUUCGGUGGACUUGAUCUAAAUAUAAAUGUUAUAAAGAAGGGAAGUGGGAGCGAGGUAGAUUACAACCGGACAUUCAAAGAGCUUGAGACCCAACUCGCUGAAAAGAUCUUCCAGAACAUGAAGACUAUCAAGAGAGCCUUCCAGCUUGUUGAUGUCAACAGCACGGGCACAGUGCAGCCUCAAGAGCUGAGACGGAUCCUGGAGACACUGUCCCUCAAGAUGAGGGAUGAGGAGUAUGAAAUGUUCUUGAAGCAGUACAGCAUUGACGGCACCACCAGGGUGGACUACAACACUUUCCUGAAGAAUUUCAGCAUUAUAAAUGACUCGAACUUUAAAACUCUACUGUCAAAUUCAGAACCUGCAAGGGAGAAUCAACAAGUCAAAAACACCAAGCGGGAGCAGCCGCUCAACGCCGUGCCUUCUGAAGACGUCUGGAAAAACUACUCCUUAGACGACCUGGAAAAGGCCUUUUGCCAAGAGCUUUCGAAGUCGUAUGAAAAGAUUGAAAAAGCCCUGAGUGCAGGAGACCCCUCCAAAGGUGGCUAUGUCUCUCUGAAUUACCUGAAGGUUGUCCUUGACACCUUCGUAUACCGGCUACCGAGGAAGAUUUUUAUCCAGCUAAUGAAAAGAUUUGGAGUUAAAACCACAACGAAAGUCAAUUGGAAGCAGUUUUUAACAGCGUUUUAUGAGCGGCAGGGGUUCGAAGUCAGUAAGACAAUUCCCCUGAAAAAAAGGAGUAGCACUGACUCUAGAAACUGGUCUCGCAAGGAAAAUAUCAUCAAGAAGUUAUUCAAAUUCUCGGAGGAUCGCUACACAGCCCUGAAGAGGACCUUAUUAUUUAUCAGCUCGACACCCAAUGGACACGUCACUUGGGAAGAACUGCAGCACAUCCUAAACUGCAUGGUUGCGAAAUUAAAUGAUUCAGAAUUCACCGAACUGAAGCAGACGUUUGACCCCGAGGGCACUGGAGUGGUGAAGGUCAGCUCCCUGAUGGACCUGCUGGAUGACAGCCCUAAGGUAAGAAAAAUGUUCCCCUCUACAGACACCAAGACACCUCUGCCUAUGGCUUGGGAUUCAGUAGAAGACAUGGUAUAUGAUGCUAUCACCAGGAACCUCCAAGGCUUUUACGAUGCACUGCAGUCAUAUGACCUUGGGGAGACGGGGACCAUAACGAAAAAUAACUUCAAGAAGGUGUUACACAUGUUCUGCCCGUAUCUAACCAAUGAGCACUUAUUAAAACUCUCCACUAAGUUCCAAGACACAGCCUCAGGAAGGAUCCUGUACAGGAGAUUUCUGUCGUCCCUCUGUCCCAAUGUCCCACUGCCCACCUCCCAGCUCUUUCUUCCGAAGGACCAGCCAAGUGGGCAGUUUCAAAAUGAGGAGCAGGACCAGCCAGAUCUUCCUGGGAGAACCCAGCCCAUAAAGGACAUGACGAAGGAAGAAGUCAUUGACAGACUCAGGCACUGUAUCCAGCAGCAGGACCCAGUGUUCAAAAAGCAGUUUCUGUAUAUCAGCAAGGAGCCUGAUGCAAAGAUUGGCCUGGAGGAUUUCCGGAAGGUCCUGGAGGAAAGCGGGAUGCCUAUGAAUGACAACCAGUAUGCAAUGUUGGCCUCCAAGAUCGGCUUCAAGAAGGGAGGCAUGAGCUACCAGGACUUCACCACAGGAUUCGAAGACACUCAGCUGAGUGGGCUGGAAACCGUUCCACUGCAGUCACGCCCUACCACAAAGAUGAACUUGGAUGACUAUUUUAUGUCUGCUGAGGAAUGCCUGCAACUUUUCCCCAAGAGAGUGAAGGAGUCGUUCCGGGAUCCCUAUGCUGCCUUCUUUAGAAUAGACACUGACAGGGAUGGCAUAAUCAGCAUGCAUGAUCUUCACAGAUUGCUACAGUACCUACUGCUCAACAUGAAGGAUGACGAGUUUGAGCGCUUCCUCGGCCUCCUGGGCCUGAGGCUUAGCGUCACUCUAAACUUCCGGGAGUUUCAGAACCUGUGUGAGAAGAGACCCUGGAGAUCAGAUGAGGCACCCCAAAGGCUCAUUAAAUAUAAACAGAAAGUCGCAGAUUCCGACCUUGCCUGUGAGCAGGCUCAUCAGUACCUCGUCACCAAAGCCAAAAACAGAUGGGCAGACCUGUCCAAGAAUUUCAUAGAAACCGAUAAUGAAGGCCACGGCAUUCUCCGGCGAAGGGACAUCAAGAAUGCACUGUACGGCUUUGACAUCCCCCUCACCCCAAGAGAAUUUGAGAAGCUUUGGCAAACCUAUGACACUGAAGGAAGGGGUUACAUCACGUACCAAGAGUUUCUGCAGAGACUGGGCAUCCGAUACUCCCCGAAGGUCCACCGGCCCUACAAAGAAGACUAUUUCAACUUCCUGGGUCACUUCACGAAGCCCAAGCAGAUCCAGGAGGAAAUCCAGGAGCUACAGCAGAUGACUGAAAGGUGGGUGUUGUCCCGGGAUACGCUGAUGGACCACUAUGAGGAGAUCAGCAAGGCACUCAACAUGCUAGAGAAAUCCAAGUCGGGCUCCACAGCCCUCUUCAAGGUGCAGAAGGUGCUGCAGGAAUGCGGGUGUCCCAUGAAGGAGGAGGAGCUCAUCAGCCUUCUGAAGAGCUUGAACAUCAGUGUGCAUAACAAUUGCAUCAACACCAUCGACUUCUUGAGAGCACUUGAGAUCAACAGGGCAAGCAAAGCUCAGCCAAAAGAAAAAGAAGAAAGCAUGCCAAUCACCUUCUCCAGGCUGAACCCCCAGGAGGUGGUGAAGAGCAUGCAGGCUGUUGUGGACUCCUCCCAGCCUGCUUUGUUAAAGGCAUUUUCUGCACUGGAUAAAGAGGACACGGGGUUCGUGAAGGCUAUGGAAUUCGGGGAUGUCCUGAAGAGCUUCUGUCAGAAGCUGACAGACAAUCAGUACAAUUAUUUCUUGAGGAAAUUAAGAAUUCACCUGGCACCCUACAUACACUGGAAGUAUUUCCUGGAGAACUUCAGCUCCUUCCUGGAAGAGACCGCCGAUGAAUGGGCAGAGAAUAUGCCGAAGGUUCCGCCCCCCACAUCUCCCAAAGAAAUGGCCAACAGAGACAUCCUGGCACGGGUGUACAAGGCAGUGACUUCCCACUACCACACCAUCGCCCAGGAACUGGAGAACUUCGACACCAUGAAAAGCAACACAGUCUCCAGAGAUGAGUUCAGAUCCAUCUGCACCCGCCAUAUACAGAUCCUGACAGACGAACAGUUUGACAGGCUGUGGAGCGAGAUGCCCGUCAACGCCAAGGGGAAACUCAAGUACCAAGACUUCCUUAGCAUGUUCAACACCGAGAGGGCACCCUCGUCCCCCAUGGCUGCAGGUGACUCUGGAGAUUCAACCGUUGCCCAGAAGGGGAGCGGCACCCCUGAGGUCACCCAAGGGACCAGAUCCACCCUCUCCUCUCCUCGGGACCUCAGAUCUGGCAUGAAAUCACGGAGUCAACCCUCUACCCCACUGGGCACCCCACCCCUACAGAACUGUGAGCCCAUCGAGAGCAAGCUCCGCAAACAGAUGCAGGGCUGCUGGCGCGAGCUCCUAAAGGAAUGCAAGGAAAAGGACACAGACAAGCAGGGGAGCAUUACUACUGCUGAGUUCCUGGCUCUUGUGGAGAAGUUCAAGCUGGACAUCAGCAAGGAGGAGAGCCAGCAGCUUAUCAUCAAGUACGACCUCAAGAACAAUGGCAAGUUCGCCUACUGCGACUUCAUUCAGAGCUGCGUCCUCCUGCUGAAGGCCAAGGAGACCUCGCUGAUGCGGAGGAUGAGGAUCCAGAACGCGGACAAGCUGAAAGAGGCUGGUAUGGAGACAACUUCCUUUUACUCAGCCUUGUUGCGGAUCCAGCCCAAGAUCGUUCAUUGCUGGAGGCCCAUGCGGCGUACCUUCAAGGCCUACGACCAGAAUGGGACAGGGCUCUUGAGUGUGGCAGACUUCAGAAAGGUGCUGCGGCAAUACAGCAUCAACCUGUCGGAGGAGGAGUUUUUCCACGUGCUUGAAUACUAUGACAAGUCACUCUCUUCCAAGAUUUCCUACAAUGACUUCCUGCGCGCUUUCCUGCAGUAGGCAUCCAGGCCGAGCUGUGCCAGGGACAGACGGGGCCUCAAGGUCUGUCCCCAAGACUAGUAAAACCAGACACCGGAGGACUUUAGUGAAUUCCCAGAAACGGCUCCAGAACCUAACCCUGCCCAGCAUCAAGCCCCCAGGACAUUACAAGCUUUCCCCAUCCCCCAACUCUCACCAGGGCCUCUCAGGGCAACCACAGGGCGACUGCUGGCCUCGGACGCUCUCACUGAUUAGUUUGAGCAAAUAAAAUAGUCUUCGCAGGAACGAUUCUUGAGAUUCUAAAAGAACUACUACUAAUAAAAAUGCUUUAAAACUUGGGAUUCUUGGGGGUUUGUUCAUGACUGCCUGCAGGGCCCCCUCUCCCAUCCACAGUCCUUGCACCAUUAUUCAGGGGCCAAGGCUGCCUCUGA